AUGUCAUCAUCAUCAAGUGAUGAAGCAGAUGAAGUUUUUGAUGAAUUCGUCGAUGGUCACCCCAACAAGUCCAAAAGACGGGCUUAUAUCGAAAGAGCUCGGGAACAAGGACACAAUCAGCUGUGGAACGAUUAUUUCAAUGAUAAUCCUACAUACCCACCAGAAAUGUUUAGGAGGCGUUUUCGAAUGAACAAAUCAUUGUUCCUUCGCAUUGUGGAACGUAUAAGUAAUGAAGUUCCAUACUUUCAGCAAAGAAGAGAUGUUGCCGGAAGGAACGGGCUAUCUCCACUUCAAAAGUGUACGGCAGCGAUACGUAUGCUCGCAUAUGGUCAGUCAGGAGAUACAUAUGACGAAUAUCUCCGACUUGGUGACAGUACAACACGUUUAUGUUUGGAAAAUUUCACUGAUGCAAUAAUACUAUUGUUUGGAGAUGAAUAUCUACGAAGCCCUACAGCCGAGGAUCUUCAACGAUUACUCGAUGUUGGAGAGGUACGGGGGUUUCCGGGAAUGAUAGGCAGCAUCGACUGUAUGCAUUGGUAG